AAAAGACGUACGAGUAUCGGAGUCUUCUUUCUCAAAAACUCUGUCUAGAACUAAAAGAACAAAAACAAAGAAAGAGGAGAGGGACAGCUUUUAAUCUAUCAGUAUCACACUAGUCAACACGUGUCUCAACCGGCGCCUACCGGUUACCGGUUGUUUAUUCCACUUCAUGGACCCCACCACCAGCAACACCGCCCCCCGCCUCCCCUCUCCUCUUCUCAUCAUCACCAUUCACCACCUCCCUCCCAAUUUUUAUUUUUAAUUGGACUCCGAAAAACAAACAAAAAGCAAAACCAAAAACAAAAACAAAAACAAAAUGCAAAUUUUUUUUUUUUUGGGAGAGAGAGACAAAGGGAGAGCGGGAGAUUGAAAGAGGAAGUUUAAGAGCGAUAAGGGGGACCUCUUAGAGAUUUCGCUCGCAAAGCUCCCUCGCUCUGAUUUGCAGAGAGAAACAGAAAACCAAAAAAAAUAAAUAAAUAAACGAAGAAACAACAAGAACGCGAAGAACAGAAACAGCAACACCAAUCAGUAUAAUUUGUUAAUCUUGAUUGCGUUUGUUUCGGGGAAGCAAAAAAACUUGUGGUUUGGGGCAAAAGAGUCAUGUUGGAGAAUCGGUCCUGCGAGUCGUGUUUGGUGUUUGCAAGAUCUUGUCAAGAAGAAACCAAGUGGGCUUACAUGUACAAUGGGAAGCGUCCACUGGAAUUGGCCGACUCCGAUGGUUGUUGUCGAGGAAACAAGUUAUCUAAGCUCUAUGAUUCAUCCAACGACGACAAUAAUACUGAUACUUCUUCCCCUCAAGACUCACGUGACCUCGUCUUGCCCGAUUCACGUUAUCAAUCCUACGGUGAUAUUAAGCAAUCUGAUUCUGCUUCGGGUUUGGAUUCUUCAAUUAUCCACCACCACCCCAUUGGACUGGAUGAAACAGAUUUGAAUAACCGAUCAGAUGAUGACAGGCUUUCAGAUUCUGUGGAAGACUCAGCGAAGGAACAAUCCGAGGAUGAUGAUGAUGAUAACAGCUUUUCAGAUCCUCCUGAGGAUGAGGAGGAGGAGGAUGGUUGCCGGAUACAUGCUGGCAAUGGUUCCUCAGAUUUGGAUGCACUAAUCGAACCAUGUGGCAGAGACAACUCCAUCAAUUGUCUGAUUAGGUGCUCAAGGUCUGAUUAUGGUUCAAUUGCCUCAUUGAACCGGAAUUUUCGUUCCUUAGUUAGGAGUGGAGAGAUCUAUAAGUAUAGGAGGCAGAAUGGUGUGGUUGAACAUUGGGUUUAUGUUUCUUGUCGCCUACUUCAAUGGGAGGCAUUUGAUCCAUUUCGACACAGGUGGAUGAAUUUGCCAAGGAUGCCUCCCAAUGAAUGUUUCACUUUUUCAGAUAAGGAAUCGCUGGCUGUGGGAACUGAGUUGCUUGUAUUUGGAAAGGAGGUGACUUCUCAGGUUAUAUAUAGGUAUAGUAUUUUGACAAACUCAUGGACUUUGGGAACCAGUAUGAAUGACCCAAGGUGUUUGUUUGGGUCAGCUAGUCUUGGAGAGAUUGCAAUUUUAGCUGGUGGUUGUGAUUCUCAGGGUAAUAUACUGAGCUCUGCAGAAAUGUACGAUUCUGAGACUCAGAAGUGGGAGACUCUCCCACGCAUGACUAAGCCAAGGAAGAUGUGUAGCGGGGUAUUUAUGGAUAAGAAAUUCUAUGUAAUUGGGGGAAUUGGUGGAGUGGGGAAGGAUGCAAGGGUUCUCACUUGUGGUGAAGAAUAUGAUUUAGAGACGAGAAAGUGGACUGAAAUUCCUAACAUGUCUCCUGGAAGGAGUGGAGCAGCCGGUGAUGCUGAGAUGCCUGUGCCAGCUGGGGCACCUCCUCUGGUUGCAGUAGUGAAUAAUGAAUUGUACGCUGCUGAUCAUGCUGACAUGGAUGUAAAGAAGUAUGAUAAGGAAAGAAAAUCAUGGUUGACCGUUGGAAGAUUGCCUGAAAGAGCUGUUUCAAUGAAUGGUUGGGGCCUUGCAUUUAGAGCAUGUGGAGAUCGCCUUAUAGUGAUUGGUGGACCUAGGGCUUUCGGUGAAGGUUUUAUAGAGCUCAAUUCAUGGGCUCCGAGCGAAGGGCCUCCACAAUGGAACUUGCUUGACAGAAAGCAAUCGGGUAACUUUGUGUAUAAUUGUGCUGUGAUGGGAUGCUAAGAGAUGGAUUUUGGUGGCAUCUUGUGCAGUGGAAUGGUGCCACACUACACCUGGAGUUUACAUGAUUGGUUUCUCCUUCAACACAGAAUUCUGAAUUCUUGCUAAUGGUAAUUUUCCGUUCCUUCUUUUUUAUAUCUUUUCCCUCUUGGAUAGGGGACGAUGGGAAAAUUUUCAGAUUUUACUCAGGACUCAAUAGAAUGUUCUAUUGUUAAGGAUUCAAAACUUCUUCCACUAAAUUUGUGUCUUCCCCCGUUUUCAUUGACGUGAGAACUUACAAAGGUUGGCGUCAUGUAACACAGGAAUAUGUUUAAUAAUUUGAAGUACCAACACAUUGGUAGGUUGCCGAUGCCAUUAUAGUUAUGUUGAAGCUUUCUUAAGAACACAGAACUAUUGAUAUGAUAUAGGUUCCUUCAUCCUUAAUUUUCUUGAAAUUGUCUUUAAGUGAGGAAAUAAGUAAUGGAGGUUGUAAUCUUGGAUGUUGGCUGAUGUACUGAUUUCACUGAUCAUUACAAUUGACAUGACAUAGUAUAAUUACUAAUUGAAAACUCGUUCAUUCUGCAAAUUAACUAUUAUGUCCUGUUUGUAUGUUUAAUUUCUGAAGGCAGCACUGAAUACAGAAGUGCAAGCUAGGUGGAUGAUUUUUUCUAGUUUCUUAAACUUUUAAGAAUGCGCAAUAAAUUGGUUUUGAAAUAGUAAAAUCUUCCUUUUAAAAUCACUCUGCCUAUCUUUACACAUGAGCAAAUUUCAGUUUUCAUUUCACAGGUUUCGAUGAGGGACACAACAAAAAUUCUUGUUCUGUUUUUUUCAGUACUAGAAGUCUGUCGGGAUUAUUUUUUGUCCCUAGCAGCAGCAU